GUGAGUGCGAAGAAAUCAAUCGCUUUAUGCAAGCUCGUGACAAAUAUAUUGGAUAUUGUAUGUAUAUGCACAUACCACAAAUGAAGCCUGUAAACGCAACCUAGCAUAUAAAAUUAAUUUUUUCUCCAUGUUUCUUCUAAAUUUGAACAUACAGGUCUGUGCUUAAGCGAACGGUUAAUUCACUCCAGCUUGUUAGGAGACAUUUUGUCUCGAUUCACAACCUCUUGCCCUUGAUUUCAACGACCACAUUAAGUUUGACCUUGGUUGCUUGAUCUGUGUAGCAGAUGCGUGUUCAUCCUUCUCGGUUAGUUCGAUUAUCUUUGAUCUCCCUACUAUUCCUACUAUGUAUCGCUAUUAUAUAUAAUAAAUAUGUGGAUAAAGCGCUGUCUGGACCUAAUUCUAUAAGCCAACUUAUGCGAAAUCCAGAUUUUGCAAGUGGAAAUAAUGUAAAGCCAUUUAAAAUUGACUGGGAAAACUACUCGCUUACUGCACUUGAAAGUUCGAGAGUAGGACCUGGAGAGAAUGGCAUGCCUUUCAAAUUAUCCUCUCUCGAUAAAGAACUAUCCAAUAAAACUAUAAAUGAGAACGGUUUUAGUGUGUAUGUUAGUGGGAAAAUCAAAACAGAUAGAUCUAUUAAAGAUAUCCGCCAUCCACGUUGUAAAGGAAAACUAUAUUCCAGCAACCUUCCUAUUGCUUCAGUGAUUAUCCCUUUUUUUGAAGAGCAUUGGGAGACUCUCCUACGCACAAUCGCAUCCGUUUUGAAUCGAGCUCCUUCAGGACUGAUAAAGGAAAUAAUUUUGGUUGAUGAUGGAAGCUCACGAAAAUAUCUGAAAGAUGAACUUGAUAAUCAUCUCGCGACUGCUUAUCCAAGUGGUAUAGUACGUGUGAUUCACCUGGAACGGAGGGGAGGUCUUAUUCGAGCGAAAACAGCGGGCGCCAGAGAAGCUACUGGAGAAGUACUCAUUUUCCUGGAUUCCCAUUGUGAAGCAGGAAUAAACUGGCUUCCACCACUACUUGAUCCAAUUGCUGCGAACUACAAAACAGUUGUUUGUCCAUUUAUUGAUGUAAUAGAUGCAGAUACCUUUGAAUAUCGUGCACAAGAUGAAGGGGCUCGAGGAGCAUUUGACUGGGAAUUGUACUAUAAGCGCCUCCCACGCUUACCAGAAGAUAGACAUCAUCCUGAGGAGCCUUUUGACAGUCCAGUGAUGGCAGGAGGUUUGUUUGCUAUCAGUGCGAAAUGGUUCUGGGAACUUGGAGGCUAUGAUCCUGGUCUUGUUAUUUGGGGUGGAGAGCAAUAUGAACUAUCGUUCAAGAUUUGGAUGUGUGGAGGGCGUAUGAUUGAUGCUCCGUGUUCUAGAAUAGGUCAUAUAUAUCGUAAAUACUCAACUAACUUUCCGAAAGCAGAAUUUGGGGACUUUGUUGGUCGUAAUUACAAAAUUAUCGCUUCCUUCAUAGACGUGUAGCAGAAGUUUGGAUGGAUGAAUAUAAAGAGUAUCUGUAUAAACGGCGGCCAAGAUACAGGGAUUUGGAUGCCGGUGACUUAACCAAGCAGCGCGAAAUCCGAGAGAAACUUAAGUGCAAGUCAUUUAAGUGGUUUAUGACAGAAAUAGCCUUUGACUUGGUUAAGAAGUACCCACUCAUAGAACCAAUAUCUAAGGCUGAUGGAGAGAUUCGAUCGGUUGCUGACUCAUAUUUAUGCUUGGAUGCAAUGGGUGCAAAUGAGUAUACUCCAAUUAAAUUACGUCCUUGUACUAAAGAUAAUCCUAAUGCCAUUGGUAUUCAGAAAUUCGAAUACAGCUACCGUGAAGAUAUUCGAGUUAUAAAGCAAUAUUUGGAGAUAACAACAUUACUUCGUUUUGGAGCAGUGUCUCAGUUGUUAAAGUGUUCGACUUUUCACCCCGAAGUUGUAGAUUCAAACUUUACUCCACUUCGUUUCGAGCGACCAGGCAGCAUCAUUAACCCUCACACUUAGAAUGUGGCUUGAAGCCAAGUACACAAAUCUGUAUUAGAUAAAUAAAGAAUCCUGUCUAGAUGUACCUGAUUCAAAAAACAAAGCCGUAGUAAUCUUGUAUCCAUGUCAUGGUCAAGGUGGUAAUCAACAAUGGAAAAUUCGACCAACUAAUCGUAACAAGUCGAACCCUCUACACUUGGUUCUUGGAGCUAGUGGAGCUUGUUUAGAUUCUGAUCCGAAAAAUCGUUUAGUUUUUGUGAAAUCAUGUGAUUAUACUUCACCAACUCAAAGCUGGACUUGGGAAAAAUUGAAAAUUGAUGUGGCUGAAUACUCGGUGAAAGAAGCUGGUCUAUAACAUUUUUGAUUUGCUUUUGUUUUAUUUGGAAAAUUUAUGAUCUGGUUAGUGAAAAUUAUUGUAAGCCUAUCUGUCAUUCUCUUUUCUGUGAUAUAUAUGUAUAAGCAACCUAUUUUUAGCUGUUUAUGCUUUAUUUUCUUCUGAAUUUUCUACAAAUAUUUUUCAAUAAAUAUUGUGUUUUGUGUAA